AUGUUGGGACAAGGGGAGAGAAUGUUGGGACAAAGGGGUACUGGAUGUGUUCACGAAGGAUUCCUAAAGAAUCCCAACGCUAAGGUUGUUGUUAAGAGAAUAUACAGAGGAUACAAACAUGCCAAAGAAGUCUUCACCACUGAAUUAAGCAUCAUGAGUCAGUUGGAACAUAGGAACAUUAUGCCAUUGAUAAGUUGGAGCAAUGAUGGAGGUGAGUUUUUGCUUGUAUAUGGUUACAUGUCAAAUGGAAGUCUAGACAAUCAUCUUCUUGGAAACGGUAUGCAACUACCACGGAAGGCAAGGUUCAAUAUAGCUCUUGAUUUGUCAUCGGCAUUGCAUUAUCUGCAUCAAGAAUCAGAGAAAUGUGUUUUGCAUCGGGAUAUCAAGUCAGCUAACGUGAUGUUGGACUCAAAAAUCAAUGUCAAGCUUGGUGUUUUUGGUGCACCUAUGUUUCUAGAUCACCCUGACUUGGCCCUACAAACCAGAAAGAUGGUAGGGACAUUGGACUUUGUAGCUCCUGAAUAUUACUAUCAAGGCAGGGAAGCUUGUGGAAUAAGGAAACACAAAGAUGAGGAGUCACAGCUGGGGCUAGUUGAUUGGGUUCGGGAGCUUUAUGGAGCUUGGAAUGUCCUUCAAGCAGCUGAUGAGAGGUUAAACGUGGAUUUCAAUAAGCAUGAGAUGGCAUGUUUAUUGGUUGCUGUAUUGUGGUGUGCUCAUCCAAUUGCCAAGCAGAGGCCUAAAAUCAGUCAAGCUAUCGAGAAUCAAGGCUUCCCUCCAUCACUCCUGAGUCUUGAGAUUGGCUCUCAGUUGUCUACUAUAUUGUGCCAUUGGAGGGCACAGGCGCAAUGGACAGACAUAUCUGUCUCAUCUUGGCCAUCCACAGCCCACAUGCCAGCUAAACCCACCAGCACGUAA